AAUCGCCAUGCGUGUUUUAACUAACAUGGCUACCGGUAAAGGACUAACGGCGAUUUUUAAUCCGAAAAAUGUGAAUUUAAUAACGUGCUCCAAAUCAAAUAAAUUAGGAAGUGGUAUUUUACAACGUUGCAAUUCCUGUCAACGAUAUUUUGCUACUAUAGCAUUGGGUGACGAUGUCUGGAAUCGUCAAAAACUAGAAAAAUAUCCAAUAGGAAAAUUUACACAACAAAAAAGAGAAUUUCAUGUAACUAAUAGACUUUUAAAGAAACGUGACUAUUAUGAAAUUUUGGGUGUAUCUCGAAAUUCUUCAGCAAAGGACAUAAAGAAAGCUUAUUAUCAAUUGGCAAAAAAAUAUCAUCCUGAUACAAAUAAAGAUGAUCCAAAUGCGAGUAAAAAAUUUCAAGAAGUUUCUGUGGCCUAUGAAGUAUUGAGUGAUGACGCUAAAAGAAAAGAAUACGAUGCUUGGGGUGCAACAUCAGAGCAAAUGGGAAUGGGAUCUAGUGGAGGGCAUCAAGCAAAUCAAAAUACCCGUGAUUUUAAUUGGCAAUUUAAAUCAUCAACAAUUAAUGCCGAGGAAUUGUUUAGAAAAAUAUUUGGUGAAGGUGGUUUUAAUAGUUCAGCAUUUAAUGAUUAUGAGGAUUUAGCGGAUUCAAGAUAUGGUUAUGGAGCAGCGCAAGAGGUAAUAAUGAAUCUUACCUUCUCUCAAGCAGCUCGAGGAAUUAAUAAAGACAUAGAACUAAAUGUAGUUGAUACUUGUCCAAAAUGUCAAGGUUCUCGUUGUGAAUUAGGAACAAAGGCGAUUAAAUGCCAUUACUGUAAUGGAACGGGAAUGGAAACUAUCAGUACCGGUCCUUUUGUAAUGCGUUCUACUUGUCGUUAUUGUCAUGGUUCUAGAGUAUAUAUAAAAUAUCCUUGCAAUAAUUGUGAGGGUAAAGGACAGGCGAUUCAACGAAAAAAAGUUACAGUACCGGUACCAGCUGGCGUUGAAGAUGGACAAACAAUUCGAAUGGCUGUGGGAAAUAAGGAAGUUUUUGUAACAUUCCGCGUGGAAAAAUCGAGAUAUUUUCGAAGGGACGGCGCCGAUUUACAUACAGACGCUCAAGUUUCUCUUUCACAAGCAAUUCUUGGUGGUACAAUAAGAAUUGAGGGUAUUUAUGAGGAUCAAACAAUUUUAAUUAAACCAGGAACUUCGUCUCAUACGCAAAUUCGAUUAACCGGAAAGGGUUUGAAGAAAGUAAAUUCUCUAGGAUAUGGUGAUCAUUAUGUUCAUAUAAAAAUUACAAUACCAACGAAAUUGUCAACAAAGCAGAAAGCACUUUUACAAGCGUACGCUGAACUUGAAAGUGAUACGCCUGGAACAAUUCAGGGUGUGGCAUCAAAGAAGGAUGGAACAAAAGAAAUUUUUGAAGGACCUAUUGAACUUGUGAAGGCUUUAAGGGCAGCUUUAGACGAUAAGACAAUUUCAAAAAAACCCUUGGAAUCAUUACCAAAUGGUCCUGGAGAUAAACCGCAGGGUACAUUUUCGGAAGCUCAAAAUAACAGAGAGGACGCCAUGAAGAAGGAACGACGAAAGAUGCCCUGAUUGUAGAUACAUUUAAAAAGCAAUUAAUUUGAGAAUUUUCCAGUGAAUCAAGAAAGCAUUAAGUAUGUUAGAAUUUACAUUAUUAUCAACAUUUAUAUAUCGUUCGUGCUAUUUGUAAAUGGUUUUAUUCUUGUUUUUCGAUUAUUUUUUUUCUUCAAAUUAAGAGUUAAAUUUAAAAAAAGAAAAUUUUGCUAAAAUAAAUUAAAUUAGAUAUAUAAA